AUCGGAGCUCUCCGCCCGUCACUGCUUUUGCAGCGGAAGGUGGUGGCCGCUGGAUCCCGAGAGGGGGAUUUUCCUCUGCCGAGAUGGCUUCUAAAAGGCGAACUUUGAGCUUCAGUGAAAGGCAUCAGAAACGAGUAGAUAUAAAUUACUGCAAACAACUGCAUGUCCAAUCAGUAAGAAAGAUACAAAAUCAAAUCAGGGACCAAAUGGUGCAGAAUGAAAAUGAUGACCUCGUGGAGCGUAAGAGAUUCCUCAGAUUAUUACAGAAUGAACAAUUUGAGUUGGAUAUGGAAGAGGCCAUUCAAAAGGCAGAAGAAAACAAAAGAUUGAGGGAACUUCAGCUUGAACAAGAAGAAAAAUUGGCUAUGGAAUUGGCAAAACUAAAACAUGAAAGUCUAAAGGAUGAAAAGAUGAGGCAACAAGUAAGAGAAAACAGUAUUGAGCUCAGAGAAUUGGAGAAGAAAUUAAAAGCAGCUUACAUGAAUAAAGAAAGGGCAGCUCAGAUUGCAGAGAAGGAUGCCAUUAAAUACGAACAAAUGAAACGUGAUGCUGAAAUAGCUAAAACCAUGAUGGAAGAACACGAGAGAGCAAUAAAGGAAGAAAGUGCUGCAGAAGACAAACGGAAUAAAGUAAAAGCACAGUAUUACCUUGAGUUAGAGAAACAACUUGAAGAACAAGAAAAGAAAAAGCAGGAAGCGUAUGAGCAGUUACUAAAAGAGAAACUCAUGAUUGAUGAAAUUGUUAGGAAAAUCUAUGAAGAAGAUCAAUUGGAAAGGCAACAAAAGUUAGAAAAAAUGAAUGUAACUCGAAGGUAUAUAGAAGAGUUUCAGAAAGAGCAGGCUCUCUGGAGAAAGAAGAAACGUGAGGAGAUGGAAGAAGAAAACAGAAAAAUCAUCGAAUUCACCAACAUGCAGCAACAAAGAGAAGAAGAUCGGAUGGCAAAAGUUCAAGAAAAUGAGGAAAAAAAGCUACAGCUUCAGAACAUGCUGACUCAGAAAUUGGAAGAAAUGCUACAGCAACGUGAAGAUUUGGAACAAGUGCGACAAGAAUUAUACCAGGAAGAACAAGCUGAAAUACAUAAGAUGAAGCUAAAAGAGGAAGCAGAAGAGAAAUUGAGAAAGCAAAAGGAGUUGAAGCAAAAUUUUAUAGAACAAAUGGCCCUGAAGGAAUUAGUACUCCAGGCUGCAAAAGAGGAAGAGGAGACCUUUAGAAAGGCAAUGCUAGCUAAGCUUGCUGAGGAUGAUCGGAUAGAACUGAUGAAUACUCAGAAACAAAGAAUGAAGCAACUAGAACACAGGAGGGCUGUGGAAAAACUCAUUGAAGAGCGUCGCAACCAGUUCCUUGCAGACAAACAACGUGAACUGGAAGAAUGGCAGUUGCAGCAAAGAAGACAAGGAUGUAUUAAUGCAAUUAUUGAAGAAGAAAGACUAAAACUUCUCAAAGAACAUGCUACAAAAUUACUAGGAUAUCUCCCUAAAGGAGUAUUUAAAAAAGAGGAUGAUAUCAAUAUGCUUGGUGAAGAGUUUCGGAAAGUGUAUCAAAAAAGGAGUGAAAUUUGUGAAGAGAAGUGACACCAUCAAGAUUUGGUAAAACCUGGAUUGUUUUUACCACUAGAUGUCACUGUAACUUUUCUAAAGUGUCUCUGUAAUUCAUAUUUUUCUGAUAAAAAAAUUAAGCUACAAAAUUAAUUGCUUUUAGUUAAACUCGUUCUUGUACUGAUGAUAAUUUGAAGAUCUGAGUUCUACACCACAUCACAACAGUCCAUAUAAAUACAUUAGAGGCCAAACCCAGGAGACUAACUUCUCCAUACUACUCCUGCUGCUCAGAGCUUUUUCUGCAUUGCCAUUCAGACUACAGUUCCAUCGGUAUUUGUGUUUUAGGAACUUAAUUUUACUUCCGGGAUUUGGCCAGCCAAAGAAAGAGAAUAGAGUGAGGAAUUUCAAAGUGCUUUAUUGUCAAUAAAAACUUAAAAACAGAAUUUCUAUCAAUCACAUAAAUUUAUCAUUUAUGAACUAGAGCUGAAUCUCCAGAACAUAAAGUACUUUACAUUAGAGGGCAAGUGGGUCAUAAGAAUCAAAAGUUAAAUCCUAUUAUUUUACAAAAUAUUACCUUUUUAUAAUAAUUACAUAUCAAUUUUGUAUCCCCUAAAUCUGAACAGGGAAUUCACUGGAAUUGCUUUGAUUUCAUUACCAAAUAUCUUCAUUACUUAUAAAGAGUAAAAAUAAAUCAUUAAAACUAUAGUUAAAUAAAAUGUAUAUGGAUCAUACAGUUAUACAUACAAAGUCUGUAUACUUUAAUUAUAAAGUAGAUCAUUUAUGAAUUUCCCCAUUCAAUUGCCUUCAUAAAUUCCUCUUCAGUGAAAGACAGCAUCUUGGCAGCUUCAAUAUGCAUCUGCAUUUGUAACAAAUCAAUAUUGUUUUAGUAUUAAGAGCAGACCACAGAACAGGAAAUCAAUAAAAGUGUGUGUAUAAAUAUG